AUGGAUAGAACUUUGGUUGCAUUACUGGUUUUUACCCUUGCCAUGAACAAUUCAGAUUUCGUGAAAUGUGAUUCAGCUGUACCCGAUGAGUAUACAACUGCGUCUCCUUCAGAUGGUGCAUAUGUCUCUGCCGAGCCCCCCGAAUCAGCGAGACGACCGACCAUAGGUGAAGAAAUCAAUAGUUCAAAGUUUUUGUUUUUUACAAAGGUUAUCAAUUCAUCCAUACCGUCGUAUAUAAAAACAUUGAUGAAGCAGAUACCGACAGGGAUGCCUUCUUCAUAA